CACACACACACAGAAAGUGCCUUAAGAGAAGAGUCAGAAACGCAACACCGAAUGAGAGAAAGAGAACAAAUUCUCUCUUUCCCUUUUUCAUCUUUUAGUUUAAUCUUUCCCGCUCUCUCUAUUUCUUCCUCACAUCACGUCUUCCUUCCCGAUUCAUUCUCCGCCGCGUUAACCACCAGUAUACAAGAGGCUGGAGCUGGGGAAGAAGAAAAAUAUUGUCUAUGGAGGGAGACGGCGUAAAAGGUUUGGCAUGCCAGAAGACUAUGGAUGGGAAUGCGAGUAAUGGGAAUGGUGUGGAGAAGACUGUACCUUCUUGCUGCCUCAAGGCCAUGUCUUGCUUACCAGAGGAAGAUGCUAAGUGCCACUCCACUGUUGUCUCUGGAUGGUUCUCCGAACCUCCUCACCCUCGCUCUUCUGGGAAAAGAGGCAAAACAGUGUAUUUCAAUAACCCUAUGUGGCCAGGAGAAGCACACUCACUGAAAGUUGAGAAAGUUCUAUUCAAAGACAAGUCAGACUAUCAGGAAGUCCUAGUGUUUGAGUCAGCUACCUAUGGGAAAGUGCUUGUUCUAGAUGGUAUUCUACAGCUGACUGAAAAAGAUGAAUUUGCAUAUCAGGAGAUGAUAGCCCAUCUACCUCUAUGCUCCACGCCUUCACCUAAAAACGUCCUGGUUGUUGGUGGAGGUGAUGGUGGUGUUCUCAGGGAGAUUUCUCGCCAUAGUUCUGUUGAGGUUAUUGACAUUUGUGAGAUUGACAAGAUGGUUAUAGAUGUGUCUAAGAAAUUCUUCCCUGAGUUAGCGGUUGGAUUUGAGGAUCCUCGUGUUCAACUUCACAUUGGUGAUGCAGUUGAGUUCCUCCGCAACUCCCCUGAAGGGAAGUAUGAUGCCAUUAUUGUGGAUUCUUCAGAUCCUGUUGGUCCUGCUCAGGCGCUUGUUGAGAAGCCUUUCUUUGAAACGUUAGCUAGAGCGUUGAAGCCUGGAGGAGUUCUUUGCAACAUGGCGGAAAGCAUGUGGCUCCACACUCAUCUCAUUGAAGACAUGAUCUCGGUUUGCCGCCAAACAUUCAAAACCGUUCAGUAUGCGUGGAGCAGCGUGCCAACAUAUCCUAGCGGCGUGAUUGGUUUCAUCUUGUGCUCAACCGAUGGUCCGGCUGUUGAUUUCAAGAACCCUAUCAAUCCCAUUGAGAAACUAGACGGUGCCAUGACUUAUAAAAGAGAAAUGAAGUUUUAUAACUCGGAUAUGCACAGAGCAGCUUUCGCUUUGCCCACAUUCCUUAGAAGAGAAGUGGCUUCACUUCUGUCUUCUUCUUCUUGACUUUUCUAUUGCCUUAACAGUUUUAUUAUAUCCAAUCAUAUAUAAAACCUCUGUAACAGAGAGAAUAAUAACAUCAUAUGGAGGCUUUGUAUCUCUAAGCUCACUCCUUUUAAUAUA